AUGGUCACGAAGAACUCCUCGGCUUACUGGCUGGGGGACCAAAGCCUGGACUCGUUGCAGCGGCUCUAUGGGGUGGCCUUCCCCAACGACAAGCUGCUCAAGGAGUACAAAAAGUUCCAAGAGGAGGCUGCCAAGCGCGACCACAGGCGUGGCAUCGGUUGGUUGCUGGCCAGGUUCCAUCCCAUCAUGUCGCCGGGCUGCUGCUUCUGGUUCCCCCUGGGCGCCAGGGUCUACAACAAGCUGAUGGAGUUUAUGCGCGCGGAGUACCGGUUCCGGGGCUUUUCCGAAGUGGUGACGCCCAACAUGUACGAUGUGCGCUGCUUCCUGACGUCGGGCCACUACCAAAACUACAAGGACGACAUGUACAGCUUGGAAAUCGAGAAGCAGGAGUGGAUGUUGAAGCCUAUGAACUGCCCGGGCCACUUCCUGAUGUUCGACAAUCGGGUGCGGAGCUACAAGGAGCUGCCGCUGAGAUAUGCCGACUUCGGGGUCCUGCACCGGAACGAGGCCUCGGUGGCACGACAAAGGCGAAAGGAGGUGCCACAGCAGGCCAGCGGUGCGCUGGCGGGCCUGGUGCGGGUGAGGCGCUUCCAGCAAGAUGAUGGACACAUCUUCUGCCGCCCUGACCAGAUCAAGUCGGAGGUCUCAGCUGCUCUGAACUUCCUGGACUUUGUCUACAAGAUCUUCGGGUUCAAGGCGAGCUACGCCCUGUCUACGAGGCCGAAGAAGGCUUUGGGAUCCAAGGAGAUCUGGGACAACGCGGAGUCGCAGCUCAAGGCCGCGCUGGACGAGUCGGGAAGAGAGUGGUCGCUGAACCCUGGAGACGGAGCAUUCUACGGCCCCAAGAUCGACAUCAGGCUUCAGGAUGCGAUGAAGCGAAAGCAUCAGUGCGGCACGAUCCAGCUGGACUUCAAUGGACCCAUCCGCUUCAACUUGCAGUACCGGAAGGAGGGCGUGGAGGAAGUGGAUGAGGAGGACAAAGGAGCAGAGUUCAAGGGAGCAGAGGAGAAGAAUGCCAAGGGCGAGGUGAUCUGGCGGGAGGGCCGCCUGAAGAACGGCUUCGAGCGACCCGUGGUGAUCCACCGGGCCAUCCUGGGCUCCAUUGAGCGCAUGUCUGCGAUUCUCAUGGAGCACUACGCUGGGAAGUGGCCGUUCUGGCUGUCCCCUCGCCAGGUGAUGGUCGUGCCAGUCGGCGCGCUGUUCAACGACUAUGCUGUCUGGGUCGAGCGCCAGCUGAACAAUUACGGGUUCCACGCCGAGGCCGAGACGAGCGGCAAGACGCUCAACAAGAAGGUCAGAGAGGCGCAGCUGGCGCAGUGGAACUACGUUGCCGUGGUGGGCGCAGAUGAGCAGAGCAAGUUGUCGGUGAACCUGAGGUCCCGGGAGUCGGAGAAGCCUUUGGGCCUCUUCUCCAUGGUGGACUUUGUCGCCAAGUUGGACGCAGAGGCGAUGCCGAGCUCCCAGCCCUUGCGACAGUUCGAGGCCUUCCAGGGCCGCUUGCCCGUGCAGUCGGCGGUGGUGCCUGAGCCCGAAGCCCCCGCGGCCCGCGGGAAGCCCACGUUCCAGAAGCAGGGCUCCCUGCAGCUGAGAAAGGCCGCCAACGACCGGUUUGCCAAGCUGUCGGUGGAUGACGACGUGGAGGCCUUCCUGGAAAGUCAUCCUUACGUGAAGGGCUUCGAGCCCAGCUCCAGCGACGCGGAGCUCUUUGAGCAGCUCUCGGAGUCCGGCCUGCCGGAGACGCCGAAUCUCAGGCGCUGGUUUGAUCACGUGGAGUCCUUCUCCAGCGUCGAGCGCGCAUCCUGGAAGUGAUCCGAAAGACAUUCUCACCAGCUCGAUUUGAUCGAUUCGGGUCCUCGACCUGAUGUCCCCGUGGACUUUUGGA